UCUAAAAGGUAGCGUAUUCCACAUGUUGAUUGAAUGUGAAGUUAUUUUCUGCUUUCUGUGAAGAGAAAGUACCAAGUUAAUUGGUAGUUAAUUAAUUACAAUGGUCACCCCCUUUAAUUCGCUAUGAGAGAGCGAGCGAGCGAGAGAGAGAGAGAGAGCGAGAGUAGUUGUAUAGAAUAAGAUUCUUACAGUAACACGGAUGAACAAUAUUUUACUCGUUGUCGCCAUAACGAAUUAGCAGCAGUGACUCGCCCACCCCUGGAGCGGUUUUAGUGGAUCUGUCCCUUUCAGAACAGCAACACGACAUCCGCGAACAAUCCGCAGUGACUUCCUCCAUCACACACAAAGAACAGGGAAUAUAACAUCUUAGAAGACUAUCGUUUUCUUUUGUGCGCGUUAAGAAAUCAGCCGUUAAAGGACACGGGUUGGUGGUUGGAGACUGUGCCGCGGGAAUUAAACCCCUCAGUCUCACGCAAUCCGCAGAGACACCGAUUCGUCUGGAGGGCGGAAAGCGAAGGGUCUGGGAGGUGCCCUGUCAAUCCCAAAUCCCAACUCAUGACUCAGGUUACUGGAAUCACUCGCUAUUUUCUACAAUCGAAGAAAGGGACGUUUCACACAGUGAGUCAACGACUUGGAUCAGUGACGUGUGUUAUACAAUUGGACGGCAUUUUAAGGGCUUAAGCCAUUCAUUCAAUGUGAAAAACAUCCAGGCAGUUAUUUGUAGGGAAACAGCUGGAAUGUUCAGCUCAUUAUUGAGUUUCACAACUCUCAACUCUGAAUAUGAGUGUAGCAUUUGUCCUACAAGAAGUGCGCUGUGUGAUAUUUUUGUUCUAAUUUGUCAGUUUACACAAAAGGCUACAUGAUUUGUGGAACGGAUUUUAAUCAUUGUAAUCGUCAGUCUUACGGCGAGCUUCAAGACAUGACUGCGCACACUCUCAAGGAUUUAAAUGUAUUUAAUAUAGAGAAUAGCGCCAUACGCAUCAAUGUAGGAGGCUUUAAGAGGAAACUACUCUCUAGCAUACUGUCUCGCUUCCCUGAGACGCGACUUGCCCGUUUGCUGCGAUGUCAGUCAAAAGAAUCUAUAUUGGAACUGUGCGAUGACUACGAUGACGCUGAAAGGGAAUUCUACUUUGAUCGAAAUCCUGCACUUUUCCCCUAUGUUUUGAAUUUCUAUAACACAGGCCGUUUGCAUGUUAUGGAAGAACUCUGUAUUUUCUCAUUUACCCAGGAAAUUGAAUAUUGGGGGAUCAAUGACUUUUUCAUUGACUCCUGUUGCAGCAGCACCUACCACUGCAGAAAAAUGGAGCCAUACCAGGAGGAGUGGGAGGACAAAAGUGAGGAGGGCAGCACUACUUCUUCUUUUGAUGAGAUUUUAGUAUUCUAUAGUGAUGCCACCAAAUUUGACAAGCAGCCACUUGGGAGAAUCAGGAGGAAGGUUUGGCUGAUGUUGGACAACCCUGGCUACUCUGUGUCCAGCCGGGUCAUUAGUGUUUUCUCUAUCCUGGUGGUGCUGGGCUCCAUAGCCACCAUGUGCAUGAACAGCAUGAGUGAUUUUGCCACACUGGACAGUGAAGGCGUGCUUCAGGAAGAUCCCCAUUUUGAGACUGUGGAGCAUUUUGGAAUAGGAUGGUUCACAUUUGAACUGGUUAUCAGGUUUGUUGUUGCACCAGACCUACUCCAUUUCUUUGAGCACCCAUUAAAUAUGAUUGACUUGGUGUCUAUUCUACCAUUUUAUCUCACACUACUGAUUGAUCUGGUGGCUGAGAGGCGUCCCACACUGGAGAACUUGGGACGUGUGGCACAGGUCCUGAGGCUGAUGCGAAUCUUCAGAAUCCUGAAGCUGGCACGUCAUUCCACUGGCCUGAGAUCACUUGGAGCAACAUUGAAAAACAGCUACAGGGAAGUGGGUCUGCUACUGCUGUAUUUAGCAGUGGGGGUGUCAUUCUUCUCUGUGAUGGCCUAUACCAUUGAGAAGGAGGAAAAUGAUGGACUGACUACUAUCCCAGCCUGCUGGUGGUGGGCAACAGUCAGUAUGACUACUGUGGGGUAUGGAGAUGUGGUGCCAGGGUCUAUUGCAGGAAAACUCACUGCUUCAGCUUGCAUCCUUGCUGGCAUCUUGGUGGUGGUGCUGCCUAUCACACUGAUUUUCAACAAGUUCUCUUUGUUUUAUAAGAGGCAGAAACAGUUGGAGAUCGCUAUGAGGAGCUGUGACUUCAGUGAGGACAUUAAGCAAGUACCUUCAGUGAAUUUGAGGAACUAUUAUGCAUAUAAAGUGAAGUCUCUAAUGGCCAGUCUGUCCAACAUGAGUCGCAGUUUUCCCAGUGACCACAGCUUGAAUGGGUCACUGCAGUAGCUCAGAGGGAUUGAAAGCACUCACAUGUGUAUGGCUCUAUCAGAAUACAUAUUCAAAUAAGCUGCAUCUUGUAGUACAGUUCUAUCCUACCAUCAAAACCCACUUACCUGAUAUUGAUUGUGUUUACUGAGUUCAAAUGUGUAUAGUGAUCCAGGAUUCUCUGCCUUAGAGAAUCAAUAUAGUUGUUCAAUAUAGUAUGUGUUGGAAAAAAUAUCCCCAAACCAAUCAAUAACAUUUCAUGAGACCAGACAGCGUAUCCGCAGUUAUAGAAAUAUUUUGUGUAUGUCUGUUGGAGUUCUGUACUUGAGCAAAGUUUAAUCAGUAUUGACUGUCAUCACCACAUAUUUUACUGUUUACUAAAAAACUGAGUAUGUUGUUGCAAAAUAUGCCGGAGUAUAAUCCUCUUGUAAGUGUUUAUUGUAAAGACUUAUAUUAUAAAGUGUUCUACGGUGGAAGUGCAUUUGCUGAAGGACUAAAUAUAAAAUGAUAUUACCUUAGUCCACUGCUGUCUUAUGACCAAGGACAGAAAUAGACGCAGUUGAAGGUUAAAUGUGAUUUAACUUUAUGACUUAAAUAUCUGAUGCCAAUGUUCAAUUAAAGAUCCGACUCCCAAUUUAUAAUAAUUUGGUAACAAGUAUCUGACUCCAGUUUACUAGGUUAACGUAAUGUAACUGAUUCCAAACAAUAACCAUUUAGUUGGUGCUGGAAUUGUAAUCAGUGUUCAAUAACAUUAUUCCAGAAAUUAAAACAAAAUCUAAGAUAAAACAAAGGGAACCUGAGUGAACCCAAAAUACAGAUUUUAAAUGAUAAUGUUAUUUAUUGAAGCAAAAAAGUUAUCCAUUACCACCUGGGCCUGUGUGAAAAUGUAUUUGCCCCCAUAGUUACGAAUUCCCCAAAUCUAUGAAACUACAUUCAUAAUGGGGUUCAGCUGAACUAGACUCAACUAGGCCUGAUUACUGCCAACCCUGUUCAAUCAAAUCAACACUUAAAUAUAACUUUUUCAACAGUAUGAAUUUGGUUAAAAGGUCUUACCCAGUAACACACUAUGCCAAAAUUGAAAGGAAAUUCCAGAAAUUAUGAGGAAGAAGGUGAUUGAAAUACAUCAGUCUGGGAAGGGUUACAAAGCUAUUUCAAAUGCUCUGGGACGCCAAAGAACCACAGUGCACAAUAAAACUCUGCACAAUAGUGAGCCUUCCCAGAUGUGGCCGACCUUCAAAAAUUCCUCCAAGAGCACAGCAACUACUCAUCCAGCAAGUCACAAAAGAGGUAAGAACAACAUUAAAGGACCUACAGGCCUCUCUUGCAUCAAUAAAGUUCACUGUUCAUGACUCCUGUAUAAAAAAGGCACUGGGCAAAAAUGGCAUCCAUGGAAGAGUGGCAAGGCAAAAACCACGCUAACCCAGAAGAAAAAACAUGGUGGUGGAAGUGUGAUGGUGUGGGGAUGCUUUGCUGCUUCAGGGCCUGGGCAACUUGCAGUAACUGAGGGAAGAAUGAAUUUUGCUCUC